AUGUUAUUCAAAAAUCUUUCCAAACUCUCUCCAGUAUCAAUUGGAUCUGUUCAAAACUCAACCAUUCAAACAAGUACUGGUUUCUCUGAUGUUUCUGGUGGCUCAAUGACUGCUCGUAGAGGAUGUUGUGGUGGUCGUCGUGGCUGGAGAAAUGAUAUUGAUAUCGAUAUUGACAUUGAUAUUGAUAUUGAUUCUGGUCGUCGUGGUGGUUGGUGGAAUUAA